UUUUGAAGAUUUCAUUUGUUACGUUAUAUCGCAUGGACCGGAUUGAAAGAGAAGAGAAAGAUUGGAUGUGGGUGAGUUCAUUCGCAGCAUGUCGAUUGUGCUGAGGAAGGUGUGGGAAAUGGUGUCCUGGAGAUCGAAUACGUCAACGGUAGCAUCAACAUCAUCAUCAGAAGUGCCACGUUCUGACAUGGGUGAGUUGGAGCUGCUACCCAGUGACAUCUUGAUGCAAAUUCUGAGGCUUUUGGGUCCAAAAGAGGCUGCAAAGUUGAGUGUGGCGUGCAAGGGUUUGAGAUCCCUUGUGUCUGAUAAUAGACUUUGGGUUCACUUCCUUCAGACCCAUCAGGCUGAACCCUCUGGGGAUUCUGUCUUCUUUGCUGAGACCACCUUGAGCUCUGGCUACCCUCUUCCAGCCUUUGUUGGCCAUAGGCCCCAGCUAUCAUUCAAGCAUAUUUAUGGCCAGAGGGCACAAGUUCCGGGUUCUAUUAUCAUCGAUGGUGGUUCUGGCUAUUGCAAAUUUGGUUGGAGCAAAUAUGGAUGUCCAUCAGGGAGAUCAGCAACAUUUUUGGAAUUUGGUAACAUUGAGUCACCAAUGUAUACUAGGCUUCGCCAUUUUUUCACAACUAUUUAUAACAGGAUGCAGGUGAAACAAAGUAAACAACCAGUUAUUGUUUCUAUACCAAUAUGUCAUUAUGAUGAUACUGAAUCAGCAAAAGCAUUGAGACAACAGCUUAAAGAGGCAAUUUAUGCUUCUUUGUUUGACAUGAAUGUUCCUGCUGUUUGUGCUGUCAACCAGGCCACUCUAGCUCUGUACGCUGCAAAACGAACUUCUGGAAUAGUUGUUAAUAUAGGUUUUCAAGUCACAUCUGUAGUUCCAAUUUUAAAUGGUAGAGUAAUGCGCAAGGUGGGUGUGGAAGUCAUUGGGCUGGGAGCACUGAAACUUACUGGAUAUCUUAGGGAGAAGAUGCAACUGAAUAACUUAAGCUUUCAAUCUUUGUACACUGUUCGCACAUUGAAAGAGAAGCUAUGCUAUGUUGCACUUGAUUAUGAAGCUGAGCUAUUGAAAGAUACACAGGCAUCAUUUGAAGCUGCAGGGGAAGGAUGGUUUACCCUUUCAAAGGAGAGAUUUCAGACAGCAGAGAUCUUAUUCCAGCCACAUCUUGCUGGAGUGCAAGCUAUGAGUCUGCACCAAGCCAUUGCUCUUUGUGUGGAACAUUGCCAUUCUGCAGAUUUAGCAGGUGAUAGUGAUUGGUACAAGACUAUAGUCUUAUCAGGAGGGACGGCAUGCUUACCUGGUUUGGCAGAAAGGAUAGAGAAGGAACUCCGUGCCUUGCUUCCUCCUUACAUGUCCAAUGGAAUUAGAGUCAUACCUCCACCAUUCGGUGCUGAUACACCAUGGUUUGGAGCCAAGAUUAUUGGCAAUUUGAGCACCUUUCCUGAUCAUUGGUGUGUGACAAAAAAGAAGUUCCGUCAGAAGCCUAGACUCAGCCUCAUAUGGUGAUUAUUUAGAUAAAUAUUUUAUAUUCUCAAUCAUGCACCCUUCUCCAAGGAGGCAGGAGCAGACGAUGUGAAUUUUAGUAACUGCUCUUACAUGUAUAAAUAUUAUGAUAAGCCUAUCAUUAACACUCGGCUUGUUAUGAAUAAUUGUAGACUAAACCGCAAGAGUGAAGAAACUGUUAAUAAUAUAGUUGAAUAGCAAAACCACGUGGUGAGAGGUUUGGUAUAAUUAGAAUAAUGCUGAGAUUGGAGUGAUCCAAUCUGGUUCUUCCUUCCAAAUGUCGAAGUGUGAUGUACUUUUAAGAAUGUCAUGAACUUCUAUGAUGGCUUACUCUGCAAAUUUUA